CUGUGCCAGAGUCAGCUCCUUUCUCAAAAACAGGAUCUUACCGACACUAAACGGAGCGGAGCUGCUGUUUUAAAACUGACCGCAGUUCACACGUUUGGCAUCCGGGAUCUCCUUGUGACAGUCAGAUGAUCGCAGCCAGGAUAUGCACACAGUCCUGAGCUCUGCUGUCUGACAAGUAAAAUCCAUUCAUAGUUACUUUAAACUCGUAGAAAUGGCCGCUAAUCCACCAAGGUUAAAGACUGCGAUUACUACAAAUGAAAGGCUGCAAAACUUGAAAAAUGCCUUUGAAUCAAAGUAUGGAGAAUCUCCUCUCUUCUACGCUUGUGCACCAGGAAGAGUAAAUCUAAUAGGAGAGCACAUCGAUUACUGCGGUUACUCUGUGCUUCCGAUGGCUAUUGAACAGAAUAUCCUGGCUGCUGUGUCAGUGAACAAUUCAGGGACAAUCCAACUGGCCAACACCAAUCCUCAGUACAAUGACUUCACUGUGUCGUGCUCAGAGGACAUUGCCAUAGACAGAGACAAUCCAAAGUGGCAUUAUUAUUUUCUCUGUGGAGUUAAAGGUAUUCAGGAGAAGUUUGGGAUCGCUCGUUUAUCAGGGAUGUCGUGUGUUGUUGAUGGAACCAUCCCUCCGAGUUCUGGUCUGUCCAGCUCUAGUGCCUUAGUCUGUUGUGCCGGGCUUGUAACAAUGGAAGCGAAUCAGAAGUCCCUAUCCAAGGUGGCUCUCGCUGAGAUAUGUGCCAAAUGUGAACACUACAUCGGCACAGAGGGAGGUGGCAUGGACCAGUCCAUCUCAUUCCUGGCAGAGAGAGGAACUGCAAAGCUGAUAGAGUUCCAGCCUCUGCGAGCCACUGAUGUCAAGCUCCCUGAUGGAGCUGUGUUCGUGAUCUCCAACUGCUGCAUAGAGAUGAACAAAGCUGCUUCCUCUCACUUCAACAUCCGUGUGGUGGAGUGUCGAAUCGCCACAAAGAUGCUGGCUCAGGCGAGGGGUCUGGACCCAAGCAGGCUGUUGAAGUUGGCCCAGGUUCAGACAGAGCUGCAGGCCUCGCUGGAGGAGAUGCAGGCUCUGGUGGACGAGGUGUUGCAUCCUGAGCCGUACAGCCGCCAGGAGAUCUGCAAGGUGCUGGGAAUCACCUCUGAGCAGUUUUCCACAGAGCUGCUGAGUGCCAACACUCAGCACGUGACGCACUUUAAGCUGCACCAGCGAGCCAAGCACGUGUACAGUGAGGCCGCGCGGGUGCUGCAGUUCAAGACCGUGUGUGACUCAGAACCUGCCGAGUCCGUCCGGCUGCUGGGAGACCUGAUGAACCAGAGCCACGCAAGCUGCAGAGACCUGUAUGAAUGUAGCUGCCCUGAACUGGACCAACUGGUGGACAUCUGUCUGAAGUCCGGCGCUGUGGGCUCCCGGCUGACAGGAGCGGGUUGGGGUGGCUGUGCCGUCUCCAUGGUGCCCAGUGAGAAGGUGGAGUCCUUUUUACAAGCCGUCAGAAAGGCCUACUACCUCCCCGAUCCACGCAGAGCAGCAUUGGAAAAACAAAGUUUGUUUGUAUCAAAGCCGGGCGGUGGGGCUGCAGUUUUCUUUGAGGAGUGAAAUGGAUCACAGUAAUGCAAAGCUGUUUAUACAGCUAUGAUUAAAUUUCACAUACACUGCUGCAGGAAUAAUUACUUUGUUUUAACGACUUCUCACACUUGAGACAGAGGGCACUUGCAAAUCACAAGAUAACACAAAAUGUAAACGUGAUGUGGUGUUUCAUUUGACUGCUUUACAGAUUAUUGUGGAAUACAAGGGCCAAAGAGGUAUUUAGUUGCAUUAUGUUUUUACAAAGGGAAUAUGCUUUUUGUAUUAUUAUGUGUUUCUUUAAAUCAUGAAGGAUUUUUGCAUUGAUUUUGUAUUGCUAACUGGUUGUCUCACCUUAACAGAAAAAGAUGGCAAAUAAAAUAACAAUCACAUGUUUAA